ACAUAAUGAAGAAAUUUUUAGAAACAGGAAACUGUUUCAUUCUCUGAAUGUAAUGGUUGUUUGUGGGCCAUCCCUCCAGAUCCUUUCCCUGAACGCAAAGUUUACUGGAAGUUCCCAUGAUGCGUAUGUCAUUAGACAAUCAGGGAUAUGGCAGAGAUUAAGAUCAAGUCAACGACCAGACAUGUGGUUAUUGGGAGACCGUGGAUAUCCUUGCACCCCCUGGCUCAUGACUCCUUACCGUAAUCCCAGGCCAGGACCACAGAUGGCAUUUAACUCCGCGCUUACUGCCACUAGGCAGCUGGUGGAGCGCACAAUUGGUGUCCUGAAAGGGCGGUUUCGUGUUCUCCACCGCACUGGUGGCGACAUCAUGUAUUCGCCGGAGAUGGCAAGUAAAAUAGUGGUCCUGUGCGCAAUACUCCAUAAUAUCGCGGUAAGGAGUAGUGUAGAGCUUCCUCAGGCAGAGGAAUUGCCUGAUGAGGAGCCAGGGGUUGUGCCACGCUUCGGUGGGGGGAGUGUGACACGGAGGGGGAGCCAAGUGAGGGCAAGAAUUGUAGCAGAAUAUUUCAGCUGAAUUAUCACACGAACUGUGGACAACAACAACGGCAAAACUCCCCACCCCCUUCCCCU